AUGUCUUUCCCCGUGGUAGACAAGUUGGUUCUACAGAACAACCCCGAUUUUGCCCUCCUACACGGCAAGUUGACCAACGUGCUCCUCAACGCCGACGGCUCGACCAAGGAAGACGCAGGGGCGCGCCAACGACGACAAGUCAAGGAUGAAUUAGACAAGCGGCGACUCAAAGCCGCCAAGCAACACAUCCUGACCAGGGCCAUAGCCACAGCCACACCCGAGCAGAACAGCCAACCGCAACACCAGCAGAAGGGUCGGUUUAGCGGCGGCCGCACGCACAAGAGCCAACAGCACCAGCAAGCCGACGUCGCCGAGCCCCUGAUCGAUAUCGUGCUCCUCCUCCCCUCACUGGUAGACCAGACGCAGCAGCAGCAGCUGUCUCCGGCGGCAGCCACCCUCUUGAUGACGAGCGACCCACUAGCCAACCUCGACGCGCUCCUACCCGAUCUAGCUGCCCUACUGACGACACAGCUGCGCUCGUCGGCCCUGUCGCUCGCCCGCAUCGCCAACCCCACGACCAACCCGUCCUACCUGCACAGACACAUAGCCUCCCUCGCGCAGUCCCACAAGACACUAUGCGACGCGGCCAGCGCGGCACGCCUGUCCCUCGCGUCGGCCCGUCUGCGCACCCUCGCGUCGCUCGUCGAUCUCCUGGCCCUGUACUCCGCCGGUCUGACGGCCUUAAUCCGCGCCCUCGAGGCUAAGCACGGUGUUGUCGCCCGCUCCGUCGAUCUGCGCUCCGCCGAGGCCUCGCUCGCAGCCAUGCAUGCCCGGUUCGCUGCCGAGUCAACCCUUCACUCGUCUCGAGCUCAGAUAUACACCCCGCGUGCCUGUGGGGCCCUGUCUACCUACUCGGCUCAUCUGCGUGAUGCCAAGGUUCGCGCGGGAGAGCGUGUGAAGGUCCUGUCGGCAGAAUUGGCCGGCUACGGUGUCGGCGUCGACGGUGGUGCCAACAAAGAGAGGACUAUGCGGGAGAUGGCCAGAGUCUACAGGGACAUGGCUAGGCAGAUGGACGAUGCAAAGGCAGACCUAGACAGGCUGCAUAAGGGUUGA